UUAUGGUAAAUUUAGUCUGCAUGUGACCCUUUGCUGGGGAAAGAUGAUGAGAAUUCCCUUGUCUUAUAGACAAUUAUAGCACUCGUUGGAGUCCGCUUGGGCCACCAUAACAAAAUACCGUGGACUGGUGGCCUAAACACUAGACAUUUACUUGUUCACCGUUCUGGAGGCUGGAAGUCCAAGGUCAGGCUGCCAGCAUGACUGGGUUCCGUGAGAGCUGUCUUCCCCACUUACAGGCGGCCGCCUCCUCACUGUGUCCCCAGAGGGCCCAGAAGAAGCUGGAGAGCGCCCCCUGGUGUCUCUUCUUAAAAGGGCAAGGGUUCCCUCAAAUCAGAGCCCCGCCCACAUGACCUCGUCUGAUCCUGCCUCCCAGGACCCCACUUCUGAACACCAUCACACUGGGGGCUAGAGCCUCAAGAUGGGGAUCUUCGGGAGACUCAGACAUUCAGUCCAAAACAGCCCUGGGUGAUCUCACACGCGGUGUUGUGAAACAGGCUUGCAUCAGAGACUUUCAGGCUAGCAGGAAAUAAGUCACAGAGUGGUGACAUUUUGAGCGGGAGCUUCUGUUUCUGCAGGUACAUUAGCUACACAGAGGCAGCGCUUGGGGUUAGAAAUGAGUAAGAGGAAAGGUUGAUUCGAUCAAGGAAGCAGGAAACAUUCUACAGGCUCUCUCUUUUAUUCCCAGUUUCCUAGAAAUGCCUUUCAAAAUAUAACAUGAGUCUGUAACAAGCAGGCGUUCGCUCAGUCGACUAGAAAUUGAGGGAACCCUGAAAGAUAAAAGAUGAGCGGAAGCCCGAAGGACACUUGGGAAAGAUUUGCUCUGGGAUGGCAGAGCCACGUCAGGGGCUCGGCUCCCUCGGGCAGCAGAUGUGGGAUCGGGGAGGGGGCCUCCAGAUGGUUCACCCUUGGCUGAGCUUGCGCCGAGCAGUGGUGUGUGCCCCCAGGUGGGAGACGCAGGUGUCUCUUCUCCACUGGCCUCACUGAGGAAGAGGAGGAGAAACACCCGCUCCCAGAGACCAGCUUCUGAGCCCCCCAACUGGCCGCAUCAUCUGCUCCAGAAACAAACGGCGUUCGGUUGGGCUACCAGAAAUCCUGAAAUACAAAGGUCAUCACCCAACCGGGAAUCACCAAAUGUAUGAGCUGCUUGACUCCGUGAAAGAGAUGUGAAACACCACAAACAGAACUAACACAGGAGGAAACAUUAAAGGGAAUUCAGUUUCUAAUAGAAAAUGACCUGCUGCAGAACUCCCCAGAAGACGUAGCCCAGUUCCUGUAUAAAGGAGAAGGCCUAAAUAAGACCGUAAUUGGGGACUAUCUAGGUGAAAGGGACGACUUUAAUAUUAAAGUUCUUCAAGCGUUUGUCGAACUCCAUGAGUUUGCUGAUCUGAACCUCGUUCAAGCCUUAAGGCAGUUCUUGUGGAGCUUUCGACUUCCGGGGGAGGCGCAGAAGAUCGACCGCAUGAUGGAGGCGUUCGCGUCCCGCUAUUGCUUGUGCAACCCCGGCGUCUUCCAGUCCACAGACACCUGCUACGUGCUGUCGUUCGCCAUCAUCAUGCUCAACACCAGCCUCCACAACCACAACGUGCGGGACAAGCCCACGGCCGAGCGCUUCGUCACCAUGAACCGUGGCAUCAAUGAGGGAGGGGACCUCCCAGAGGAGCUGCUGCGGAACUUGUACGAGAGCAUCAAGAACGAGCCGUUCAAGAUCCCCGAGGACGAUGGCAAUGACCUGACGCACACGUUCUUCAACCCCGACCGCGAGGGCUGGCUCCUGAAGCUGGGAGGGCGGGUGAAGACCUGGAAGCGGCGCUGGUUCAUCCUCACCGACAACUGCCUCUAUUACUUUGAGUACACGACAGACAAGGAGCCCAGGGGCAUCAUCCCCCUGGAAAACCUCAGCAUCAGGGAGGUGGAGGACCCACGGAAACCGAACUGCUUCGAGCUUUAUAACCCGAGCCAUAAGGGCCAGGUCAUCAAGGCCUGUAAAACCGAGGCGGACGGCCGGGUGGUGGAGGGCAACCACGUGGUGUACCGGAUCUCCGCCCCGAGCCCCGAGGAGAAGGAGGAGUGGAUGAAGUCCAUCAGAGCGAGCAUCAGCAGGGAUCCUUUCUAUGACAUGCUGGCCACGAGGAAGAGGAGGAUUGCCAAUAAGAAAUAGAGCUUUCCCGGCCUCGGCAGGUGGAAGUGGGAACCAAAACCCCGCAGCAGAAAGUGACUGGGAGCCUCCCCGACACCCUGGGCCCCGCCUCGCUCUCCCGCCGCCUCCCCGGAGGAGGCAGCGCUGCACCGCGCCGGCCGCGCGGCGGGAGCGCGCUCUGGGGUCGCCGGGGCCCCGCGCCGCCGCCGCCCUCCCGCCGGCCCCGAGGGAAGCUGGCGCCCGCCGUGCCGCACGUGCUCGCCCGGGGCUGCGCCCUCCGGUCCAGAAGCCGCUGUUUUCUAGCAGACGAGGAAGGAAAAGCGACCACUUUUUUACUCAAGAGUUUUUUUCUCAGAUAUACAGGAUUAUAGCUUUUAUAUGCCUUUUUAUAUUCUGAAAUUAUAACGGAAGAUACUUUGUAGCAGUAGUAUUUCUAGAACGGCAGCUAUAAAUCUCACUCCUGGUUGCACAGCAGACACCGGGCACUGAAGGAGGAGUCCGUCUGCACGACGCGCGCAGCCCGCCGGGGCCGGGCCGGGCCGGGCCGGGCCGGGUGUGCGGGCUGCUCUUCCGCUCGGAUCGCCUUCGAGAGGGGCGGGUCGUUACAGGGGAUGGUUCUGGGCGUUUCUCUGGUCACUGCGGCCCGGCGCCGGCUCGGUCUGUGUGCUGAGCCCCAGGAAACGGCAGCUGCUGGCCUGUGUGGCCCCGCCCCCCGCAGUUCCACGUGGUUCACCGGAACCGUGGUUCCGACCAGCUCCCGACCAGUCUGCGCCGCUUAAAACCUGUCGGCAAGACCGAUGCUUUUUACUGACCUGGUGACAAUCGGACCCGAUCUCUUGAGGUAACGUGUAGCCAAGUAGCCAGAACGACUCCCGUCCCGUGUUUUCAGAGACUGACCCUCUGGCCAGGAGCAGGGAGAGCGCACGCUGCGGGUCGGAGGCUGGGGGCGCUUAGGGUUUCCUGUAAAUAGUGCAAAACCCCCCACACAGCUGGCGGCGGAACUUGGGGAGCCCCCGGUCAGGCGGCCGUCGGGGUGCUGUUGACCUAGUAGUAGGUGCUCAGGCCGUCUGCCGGAGGGAGGAUGGGUCUCCGCGCAGGACGGGGCCGCCGCGCGGCGAGGCUGGGGUGCUGCGGCCCCGCCCCCGCCCCGGGCCCCGCCCCCGCCCCGCCGCGUGGGCCCCGCCCCGCCCCGCCCCGCCCCGCCCCGCCUCUGCGCCCCUCGGCGGCCCGCGCGGCCCGCGCAGGAUGGAAGUCCCGGACGGCGGACCUCGGGCCGUCGGCCCCCGUUGGGGACGUUCAGUGCGAGGGACUGUGCCUGUGAGCUGCCGUGGCGCGGGAACGGGCCGCUGGCCUGGCACCGCUGCCCUGGACGGAGCUUAGGCGCUAGAGGCCGAGCGUCCGAGCCCGGGGCCCUCUGACCUGCAUCAAACGGACUUCUUGGUUUCAUUCCCAAGCUCGUAGGCUUUGUUACUGUACCGAUACCUCAAAUUCGAAACUUGGGUUUUUGAGACAGGCCCGUCGGCGUUCUCGAAGUGCGCGGCUCCGGCCUCCAGUCCUCGUGAGCAGACGGCGCCGGCCACAGUGGCCGUAGCGCGCACGGGGAGCCCGUCCCCGGGUGUCGGCCCCAAGUGGGCCCCGGGGAGGCAGGCCUCUCUCGCUGGGCCUUGGCCGCGGUGGGGGCGGGAGAACGAGCUGGAGGGAAGCCCCGUGGGAGGGCUCCCUUGGGCGCCUGUGAAGGCGCGGCCCGUCGGGCUGAUGCCCCGCGAGCCUACCCGGCCGAGGCCGCGGUGCUCGGACGCGGGGCAGGUGGGCACCUGCCGUCCGCGUUAGGGGAGGUCCUCGAAUCCCGGGUUUUGUUGUGACAGUUUAACGCACCGACUUGCGAGUCCGCGAUGCCCGGCAGGGCAGGGGGGCUGUGUGGGCCCCCCGGCCGCCGGCCGAACCUCCAGGGGGCCGUGUUCCUCCUCCCCCCCCCCCCCCGCCACCCCCACGUCCGCGCGCAGUGCUGGAAUUUAGUCCCAACUCUGGCCAAAGACAAGCUCUCCUCCAGAGGCCAAGGGCAGGAGGCGGUGGAGGGCGUGCGCCGGGCGGACGGCCGCGGCCCCCCAGCCUCGGUUAACACUUGAGGUUGAACUGGAUGACCCUGGACCCAGGCAAGCAACAGUGUCUUCAGGACUACGGAGCAACCUUCAACAGUUUAAAGUGGUACCAAACCGAAUCAAAAUAGGAGCUAUUUAUAGAUGAAGCAGCAUUUAGUGCUUCAUAUAAA